AUGGACCCGAGCUUGGAGGAUUUCAAGAGACGAAAAGAUCCCAUCAGAGCGCCCAAGGGAGCGAGAGGUCAGCAAACUCCUCGACCAGCUCCGACCAAGUUCUUCCUGCCUCUGAACAUCGCCUUUUACGUUUGUUUCGCUUCACACCUUCUAGCGGCGUUGUAUGCUCCGAUCCAGGACUGUGACGAGACCUUCAACUAUUGGGAGCCACUGCACUACCUGAAUCAUGCUUACGGUCUCCAGACAUGGGAGUACUCUCCAGAAUACAGUAUUCGGAGUUGGGCAUAUGUCGGCCUCCACGCUCUCCCCGCAAAGGUCGCCGGGUUUUUUGGCAGUUCGAAGACAUUCGAAUUCUAUGCCCUACGUGUCGUACUGGCAUUCAUCUGCGCAGCAACUGAAGUCCGUCUUUAUUCGGCCAUCAGUCGAACCAUCAACCCAAGGGUCGGCGUGAUAUAUCUCAUGAUUGUUGCCUUCACCCCUGGAUUUUUCUACGCCUCUUCUGCCUUUUUGCCAUCUAGCUUUGCCAUGUACACAUCUGCCUUAGGACUGACUUCUUUUAUGGAUUGGCAUGGAGGAUCUAAAACUGCCACAGGAAUCAUGUGGUUCGGAAUCGGUGCACUACUUGGAUGGCCUUUUUCAGCGGCUCUAAUCGUUCCAUUCGUCGCUGAAGAAUGGCUCAUGGCAGUGGUAGGACGAACAGAUCUUUUUGAGACUUUCAGACGGUACUUGGAUGGUGGAGUGCGGUGCUUGGUAGUCCUGGUUCUUCAGGUCAGCGUCGACACUUUCUUUUACCACAAGGUCGCAGUGGUGCCCUGGCGUAUCGUCGCCUACAAUGUCUUCAGCGGCAAGGAUCGUGGUCCCAACAUAUUUGGGACAGAACCAUGGGACUACUACCUCAGGAAUUUGCUGCUCAACUUCAAUAUGUGGUUUGUCCUUGCAGCGAUUUCUGGACCACUUGUCCUGUUUCAGUCCAUCAUUCUCCGCCAAUACCCCACCAAACAAACACUUCUCAGAACACUGACUUUCCUCUCUCCUUUCUAUCUGUGGCUGGCCAUUUUCACCGUUCAGCCCCACAAAGAAGAGAGAUUCAUGUUCCCUGCUUACCCUUUCCUCGCAUUGAAUGCCGCCAUAGCAUUCCACUCCCUGCUGGCAUGGAUCGGAUCGACGGACUCGGUCAUCUUUGGAAAGAUCCCGACAAAACUGAAACUGGCCGCCAUUCUACCGAUUGUGCUCCUAGCUAUCAACACUGGGCUGCUGCGUAUCGUCGGUACGCUCACCGCGUAUAGGGCUCCGUUGGAGAUAUACGACAGUCUCAAAGCACUAAACCUGACGCAGGAAGACAAUACCGUCUGCUUCGGCAAGGAUUGGUAUCGUUUCCCGUCCUCGCAUUUUCUCCCCGACGGCAUUCAUGCGAAAUUCAUCAAAAGCGAAUUCGACGGUCUCUUACCUGGAGAGUUCCACGAGGGCAAGACCGGGUUUGGUUUCUAUCCCGGAACCUGGCUGGAACCGCCUGGGAUGAACGAUCGGAAUGAAGAGGAUCCAGCAAAGUAUAUCGAUGUCCAGCACUGCACGUUCUUGGUAGACUCGUACAUGCCCGGCAUGGAGACCACCGAGCACGAACCACUGUAUGUUCUGGACGGGGACCAUUGGGAGAGGAUGGCAUGCGCACCGUUCCUGGAUGCUUCGCGAACCGGGACUCUUGCGAGGACCAUCUGGGUCCCCGAACUACCAUUCAUUCCUCCCAAAUAUCGUCGACAUUGGGGCGAACAUUGUCUGCUGCGCCAAAAAAAAGGCGUGGAAGUGGACUGA